CUAUUGAUUAAGAAAAAAUGUCAGAUUUUCAAAUAUAAAUAAAAUUCUGGAAGAUUCGUGGUUAUAGGCUAGUCACUAGACUAAUGUAAAAUAAUAAUCAAUAGGGAAAACGGAAAAGGGAGGAGCACAUUGCUUUUCAAUUAAAGGAAAUGAGUGGUCUCGAGCUCCGAAAACAAAUUUAAAAACCCUAUAAAAUUGACUAAUUAACAGAAUAAACUAAAACAACCAAAGACAAAGACAGAUUGUAUAUACAAGUCUAUACUACAUUUGUAGACAAAACAAAAUAAAUUAAACAAAACGUUAAUAUCCAGUAAUUAUCCACAUACAAUUGGAUCACUUGCUUAAUCCUGAGUUUAGUCGCCUUCGGGAUCCACACCACGUCUCUUGUCCACGAUAGUCGUCCACAUCAUUCAAGUGUUUUAUUACUUUCAUUAAAUUGCAAAUUAUGAUGAUGAAAUGCAGCAAUCGUUUUAAUUGUUCCCUCUAACAUGAACCUUUAAUUUUCUUCUCAUGACGCAAUAAAAAAUUGAAAUGAUAAUUAAAUAUUUGAAGACAGACACUUCUGAAAAAUGCUUAAAUGUAUAAAUGUAUUAUCCUCAAUGACACACAACCAAUCUACUGUUCUAACAAAAAUAAACAAAAAAACAAAAGAGGGCGCAUAAGUGUAAAUAAAGGGAAAGAAAACCCAAGAAUAAUAAGGUCACGAUCUUCCAGCUUAUAAAAAGCAUCUCAUAGGACUCUCAACUUCACCAAAGUCAUAUCUUCUUGUACCACUCUCCUUCAAACAUAGUCAGAGAAAAACAGCAACUCUUGUCUAAAAAAUCAGAGAGAAAGAGAGAAUGGAUCAAAAUGUGCUAGGGACUCAAGUGUACUCCUACAUGACCCAAACCCAUGGCCACUGCAUCAUCGUUAACCAGAUCGAUGGAUCAUCAUCAGGCGAAGGAUCAAAGCCGGUGAAGCGGCGGAGGAGGAGGAGGAGCAAAGGGUCGUCCGCCACGAGCGAAGAUGACAUGACGGCGAUCGGAGUGAUGAUGAGGAAGAGGAAGUUAACCGAUGAGCAAGUGAAUAUGCUCGAAUUCAGCUUCGAGAACGAGCACAAGCUUGAGUCAGGGAGGAAAGAGAAGAUCGCCGGAGAGUUGGGUCUUGACCCGAGACAGGUGGCUGUUUGGUUCCAGAACCGCCGUGCACGGUGGAAGAACAAGAAACUGGAGGAAGAGUACGCCAAACUCAAGAGCCAACACGACACCGUCGUCCUCGGCCAAUGUCAGCUCGAAUCUCAGGUAUUAAAACUGUCGGAACAAUUGAGUGAAGCUCAAAGCGAAAUUCGAAAACUUUCGGCGCGACUUGCUCAAGAAACGUUAACAAACAGUCCGAGUUCACCUCGUUCUGUUGAAGCCAAUGGUGCACCAAUUGAUUUCGAGUUUCCGCCGGAUAUUAAUUACAACAUCCCGUUUUACAUGUCGGAUAAUAAUUACUUGCAGAACAUGGAGUAUUGGGAUGGUUUGUAUGUGUAAUUUUAGCAAGUAAAAUAUUUAGAGACUAUGGAUCGAAAAUCAUGUUUAAAUUAACGUAUAAAUAGAUGUUUGUCAACCUGUUGUAAAUGCAGUGCUUAAAAUAUUUUAUUUUAAUAUAUAACUUUGUUGCUCCU